AUGCCAGUACGAUAUCGUCGAAAGCGUAUUUUGAUUAUAUUCGUUAUAUCAAUUAUUAUUAUUAUUUAUUUAACUAAAAAUCAUUCAGAACAUCAUAUAAAUGAUGGAGAUGAUUUGCCUCAUAUAGAAUUAAAAAGAAAUGCAAAACGAUUUGUUGAGAACUUAAUUCAUAGAACAACAACUUCUCAACUUCAAUUCCGAACAGUACGAGAAGAAAUUGUUGAAAUUGAUGGAAAAAAAUUAAGAAAAAUUGAUUGGCAUGAUUAUGAAUUGAUUGAUCGUGAAAAUGCUCGAAAAGGAUUAGGUGAAGGAGGUAUAGGAGUUGAACCAAGUGUACAAGAACGUAAUAGUCCACAAUUUAAACAACUUUAUGGAGAAAAUGGUUUUAAUGCUUUUAUAUCAAAUAAUAUUUCACUUGAUCGUUCAGUUAAAGAUAUUCGUCAUCCUGCUUGUAAAGAUAGAUUGUAUUUAGCUGAAUUAUCUAGUGUUAGUAUUAUUAUUCCUAUUCAUGAUGAACAUUUAAGAACACUACUUCGAUCAGUACAUAGUAUAUUGAAUCGAACACCAGCAAAACUUCUAGAAGAAAUUAUUCUUGUAGAUGAUGCAAGUGGCAAAGAGGAAUUGAAAGCUGCACUUGAUGCUCAUAUUGCUAAUCUAACGAAGACACGUAUAAUUCGUCUUCGUAAACGUGAAGGUCUUAUUCGUACAAGAUUAGCAGGUGCACGUGAAGCAAAAGGUGAAAUACUUAUUUUCUUUGAUUCACAUAUCGAAGUUAAUAUUAAUUGGUUACCACCAUUAAUCGAACCGAUUGUAUUAAAUUAUAAAACAAGUGUUUGUCCAUUUAUUGAUAUUAUUAAAUGGGAAAAUUUUGCUUAUAUUGCUCAAGAUGAAGGUGCUCGUGGUGCUUUUGAUUGGAGUAUGUUUUAUAAACGAUUACCUCUAUUACCUGAGCAUGCACAAAAUCCAAUAGAACCAUUCGACAAUCCAGUCAUGGCUGGUGGUCUUUUUGCAAUUAGUAAAAAAUGGUUUUGGGAAUUAGGUGGUUAUGAUGAAGGUCUUGAUGUAUGGGGUGGUGAACAAUAUGAAAUGUCAUUUAAAAUUUGGCAAUGUGGUGGACGACUUGUUGAUGCACCAUGUUCAAGAGUUGGUCAUAUUUAUAGACAAUUUAAUCCACAUGGUGGUUUUUCAUUUGGUGAUUAUUUAUCUCGAAAUCAUAAACGAGUAGCAAUGGUUUGGAUGGAUGAAUAUGCUGAAUAUGUUUACCAACGAAAUGGACAUAUGAGUGUGGCAAAACAACUUCAACUACGUGAAAAAUUAAAUUGUAAACCAUUUAAAUGGUUUAUGGAAAAUGUUGCAUUUGAUUUGCCUAAAUAUUAUCCACCUGUUCCUUUACCUCCAUUUGCUAUGGGAGAAAUUCGAAGUAUGAACAAUUCUCUAUGUAUUGAUACGAAACAUGGUCGUGAACAUGCAACAUUUGGUCUUGAUCUAUGUCUAUCAGAUCAUAGAGGUCGAAGUGGUGAACAAGAUUUUGAGCUUAGUUGGCGCCAAGAUAUUCGACCGAAAGGUCGUGAAUUUUGUUUUGAUGUACCUAACAGAAGCAAGCGUACACCUGUGGUGCUAUUUACUUGUCAUGGUAUGCGUGGUAACCAACAUUUUGUAUAUGAUGUCACCAAAUAUCAUAUUAUACAUGUAUCAACAAAUUUGUGUUUGGAUUGUGAUUUAGAAAGUAAACAAAUUUUCAUGGAACAAUGUGAUACGAAGAGUAACACUCAACGAUGGAUUUUUUCUUCUUAUAACGAAACAUUAAUUCUCAAAGAUAUGAAACAAUUUUUUUGA